AGCCGAAUUGUCAAAUUGACAGCAGCAGCAGCACCAAACCAUCUUUUUACCAUCGAAGAAAACGUUUUAACUCAAUUUGGAACCAUUUCUUCGUUUAAAAAAAGAAUUAAUAAGAAUCUAAGCUAUAAAUAAGGAAUAAAAUGGGUGAUCAAUAUCCAGAGCCUCCCAGGCCACCUAUGAUGGGUCCGCCGUCUAUGAUGAUGCAUCCACCUGGAAUGGGGCCACCAGGAAUGCCUCCAUCAAUUGGUCCUCCACCUGGUUUAAGACCUCCACCUGGAAUGGGCCCACCACCCGGUAUGGGUCCUCCACCUGGACUGGGACCACCGCCCGGAUUGGGACCUCCUCCUGGAAUGGGUCCUCCUCCCGGAAUGGGACCACCUCCUGGAAUGGGGCCACCACCCGGUAUGGGUCCACCUCAAGGUAUGGGUCCACCACCUGGAAUGGGUCCGCCACCUGGAAUGGGACCGCCACCUGGAAUGGGUCCUCCACCAGGAAUGGUUGCACCACCUGCAAGGGGACCAUCUUCAGGCAAUUUUCAACCUCCUCCAAAAAACUGGACACCGCCAGCUCAGCAACCACCCCAGCAGCAGGCACCUCCAUCUAAUCCGCCCCAACAGACGCAACCACAACAACAGCAGCAACAACAACAACAACCAGCUCAACAACAGUCCCCUCCCCAACAAGAGCAAUCUUCACAACAACGAGGAACUUCCCCAAAUGACGAAGACAAUGAAGCAAACGACUCACUUCCACCUUUGAUGACAGUUCCUGUCGAUAAGCCCGAUGAAGACGAGGAAAAAAAGAUUACCGAAGUCAUCCUGCCCAAAGUUCUGGAAGAUGUGCUCGCUCUGAAAGAUCAGCGUGCCGCUCAGUUCGAUGUGAACGUCGAUGAUCUUAUGUCUCAUGCUAGUGCCGAAGACGAUAGGCCUACGAUUCCAAGUGGGGUAAUCAGUACAGAUUAUGCCGAUGCCGAUGGAGAUUCCGAUGACGAAGCUGAAACCCAGCUCAAUGGGAUUGGCGAAAAAGGAGGGAAGCAAAGCAAAGCCGAGAAGAACAAAAAGAAGAAGCGAAGAAAGAAGCAAAAUCGUAAGCUUCGGCAGCAAGUUAUCGCACAGACCAAGGACGCUCCAGAAGAAAAAGAGCCAGAAGAAAAGGAACCAAAAAAGGAAGAAGAAUCCGAACGGAAAAAAAGCAGUCGUAAAGAAAAGGUCGUCGUCGAUGAAGACGUUACAGUAGAAUAUAUUCCAGAAAAGAUCACAAUUGCAGACUUGGCUCCAAUGUAUCGCCAAUUCUACAGAGUUUUUGAGAUAUUUAAGCUCGAGAACAAACCCAAACCUGUUGACAAAGACAAAGUUGCUGAAAAUGAAGCAGCCGAAGCCAAAAAGAAAGCCGAUAAGUUGGAAUUGGAUGACGAUGAUGAUGACCUUGAAGACGAUCUUAAGGACGACAAAGAGAGACUCUCGAAAAGGAAGCUUAAGAAACUUACUCGCUUAAGUGUCGCCGAACUGAAGCAAUUGGUCAAUCGUCCUGACGUCGUUGAAAUGCAUGACGUAACCGCUCGAGAUCCCAAGCUUCUGGUUCAAUUGAAAGCCCACAGAAACACGGUGCAAGUUCCACGCCACUGGUGUUUCAAGCGGAAGUAUUUGCAAGGAAAGCGGGGUAUUGAAAAGCCAGCUUUCGAUUUGCCAGCAUUUAUCAAGAAAACCGGUAUCAUGGAAAUGAGGGAAUCUCUCCAAGAGAAGGACGACGCUAAGUCUCUGAAGUCCAAGAUGCGUGAAAGGGUUCGUCCGAAAAUGGGAAAAAUCGAUAUCGAUUACCAGAAACUACACGAUGCCUUCUUCAAGUGGCAAACCAAACCACGUAUGACCAUUCACGGAGAUCUCUACUACGAGGGCAAGGAGUUUGAGACCCGAUUAAAAGAAAAGAAGCCUGGUGAUUUAUCCGAAGAGCUUCGCAUUGCUUUGGGUAUGCCUGUUGGUCCCAAUUCCCAUAAAAUUCCUCCACCAUGGCUGAUUGCCCAGCAGCGUUAUGGACCGCCACCAAGUUACCCCAAUCUGAAAAUUCCCGGUCUAAAUGCUCCCAUUCCUGAAGGGACAUCUUUUGGUUAUCAUGCAGGAGGAUGGGGUAAGCCUCCCGUCGAUGAGAAUGGUAAACCUCUAUAUGGUGAUGUUUUCGGGACAAAUAUGAUGGAUAUUGAUAGUGGAAUCGAUGAAGGAGACAUUGAACGCAACCAAUGGGGAGAACUGGAAUCUGAGUCUGAAGAAUCUUCUGAAGAGGAAGAGGAGGAAGGCGAGGACAUGGCUAAUCAACCUGAUGAAAGUGGACUUGUCACACCAGCAGAGGGCUUGGUUACUCCCUCGGGCUUGACUAGCGUGCCCGCCGGCAUGGAAACCCCAGAGAACAUAGAGCUGCGUAAAAAGAAGAUUGAACAAGAAAUGGAAGACAAUGAAACACCAGUCCUUUAUCAAGUUUUGCCUGAGAAACGCAACGAACGUCUUGGUCAGUCUAUGAUGGCUUCAACGCAUGUGUACGACAUAAGCGGUGUCAGCAAAGCAGCAACAACUCGAACAGCCCCAGAACGUGAGGGAACUGUCGAAUUGGCAUUGGAUCCGUCGGAAUUGGAUUUGGAUAAUGAUGCAAUGGCUCAGCGCUAUGAGCAACAAAUGCGUGAACAACAAAGUCAUUUGCAGAAAGAGGAUUUGUCUGACAUGUUGGCGGAACACGUUGCUAGGCAGAAAUCCAAGCGCAAGCGUCAACAAGCCGACACAACCAAGACCACUAAGAAAUAUAAAGAAUUUAAAUUUUAAACUACUUUCUGCUUUUUUGAGAAUAGUCACAAAAUUUCAAUAAUAAAAAUAAUAACGAGGUAUUUAAAAAACUCUGGGAUUAACAAAUAAA